AUGGGCGUUCAUUUGGAUCGAGGACCGUCUUCAUGUGGACCUCAUUAUUCCUCUCAGUCUCCUCCACCAACUCUGCAGGCAUCAGUCACGCCUAAACCAGCCGCUUCUCCCCAAGCAACGAAGGUCGGUCCGUCGUCAGCGUCGAGUGCAAACGACUCGGUGCGAGGGAGAGUUCCACGAUCGGAACUCACUUCAAAAAUUUCCUCAGGAGAUCAGUCAGUAUCUCGAUCACCAUCUCAUCAUUCACCGAAGAGUAAGCAACACGAUUACGAAUUCCGUUCACCUUUCGUCAAACAUCCGACAAAAGUUUUGUGGAAAUUUCGGUUCGAUUAA